UCGAUGCCGCUGAACAGAGGGAAGGAGGAGGACAAAGAGCCCCUCCUCGAGCUCUUCGUCAAGGCUGGCAGUGAUGGGGAAAGCGUAGGAAAACGCCCCUUUUCCCAGAGGCUCUUCAUGAUUCUUUGGCUCAAAGGAGUUGUAUUUAGUGCCUCAACCGUUGACCUGAAAAGGAAGCCUGCAGACCUGCAGAACUCGGCUCCUGGGACCCACCCGCCAUUUAUAACUUUUAACAAUGAAGUCAAAACGGAUGUCAAUAAGAUCGAGGAAUUUCUUGAAGAUGUCUCAUGCCCUCCCAAGUACUUAACGCUUUCACCAGAACACCCCGCAUCAAAUACUGCUGGAAUGGACAUCUUUGCCAAAUUCUCUGCAUCUAUCAGGAAUUCAAGGCCAGAGGCUAACGAAGCACUGGAGAGGGGUCUCUUGAAAACACUGCGGAAACUGGAUGAAUAUCUGAAUUCUCCCCUCCCUGAUGAACUUGAUGAGACUACUAUGGAGGACAUUAAGUUUUCUACACGUAAAUUUCUGGACGGCAAUGAAAUGACAUUAGCUGAUGGCAACCUGCUGCCCAAACUGCACAUUGUCAAGGUGGUGGCCAAAAAAUAUCGCAACUUUGAUAUCCCAAAAGGAAUGACUGGCAUCUGGAGAUACUUAACUAAGGCUUAUAGUAGGGAUGAGUUCACCAAUACCUGUCCCAGUGAUCAGGAGGUUGAAAUAGCAUAUAGUGAUGUAGCCAAAAGACUUACCAAGUAA